AUGCAGAUCCACUGUCCUGGGCUGGGAGCCUGCCUGCCUGUCUUGGUCUGGUCUUUUCCAUCGUUUUGCAAAUGGGGAGUCUGUGGGUCUCUGGAUGGAAGGACUGAGCCUGGGCAGUGGGGAGGAGACAGGGGAUCACUGACAAGCUCGACUCUUUUGCUCAGGCUCCUGGUCACCAGCCCCAGAACCAGCCAAACAGCAAAGCCCCUGCAUCAGUGUUCUCUCAUCCAGGAUGAGCUCCACUGCCAACCAGUAGAGCAUGUCUCCAUCCCAAAGGGGAGGUACCAGGGUGUGACGGCUGUCCGGAACCACCACGGUGUUUUGGUCUGCAUUCAAGUGCCAACCCGGCAGCCCCACAGCCUCAGCUCAGAGCUCACAGGCAACUGCAGCCUGCUGACCCCUGACCUCCGUCCCCGGGCCCAGGUCUACUUCUCCAACCUUGAAAAAUUUCUGGAUCCUGACGCCCCUGUGGAUGCUGGAGCCUGCCACAGGGACAAAAAAGGCAGCACAGAGAACACAGCCAGGAGGCGACGGGAUUUGGAGGUGGCAGAGGAGGAAGAAGAGGAGGAGGCAGCUGGCACCGAGAUCGCCAUCGUCCUGGAUGGCUCAGGAAGCAUUGAUCCCCCAGACUUCCAGAAAGCCAAAGACUUCAUCUACGACAUGAUGGAGAACUUUUAUAAGAAGUGCUUUGAGUGCAGAUUUGCCGUGGUGCAAUAUGGGGAAGUCAUCCAGACCGAGCUUGACCUUCUGGACAGCCAAGACAUUAGAGCCUCCUUGGACAGAGUGAAGAACAUCAGUCAAGUGGGAAAAAUCACCAAGACUGCCUCUGCCAUGCAGCACGUCCUAGAUAACAUCUUCACACCAAACCAAGGCUCAAGAGCAAAGGCAUCCAAGGUCAUGGUGGUGCUCACCGAUGGGGAAAUCUUCCAGGACCCCCUCAACCUCACGACUGUCAUCAAUUCCCCAAAGAUGCGUGGUGUUGAGCGCUUUGCCAUUGGGGUGGGAGAAGCGUUUAAUAAAAGUAAAGCGUACCAUGAGCUGAAGCUGAUCGCCUCGGACCCCGAUGAGGAUCAUGCCUUCAAGGUGACCAACUACAUGGCUCUGGAUGGGCUGCUGAGCAAACUUCAGGAGAGCAUCAUCCGCAUGGAAGGCACAGUUGGAGAUGCCCUCCACUACCAGCUGGCACAGGUUGGGUUUAGCGCCCAGAUCCUGGAUAAGGGGCAGGUGCUGCUCGGAACCGUAGGGGCCUUUGAUUGGUCCGGGGGCGCACUGCUCUAUGACACACACAGCUGUAAUGGCAGCUUCCUGAACCAGACAGCAGUGGACACCAAGUCUGCGCAGUAUGGCUACCUGGGUUACUCGGUGGCCGUGCUGCACAAGGCCCGUGGCCUCUCCUUUGUGGCGGGGGCCCCACGGCACAAGCAGCGGGGGGCUGUGUUUGAGCUCCAGAAGGUGGGCAGAGAGACCAACAACUUCAUGCCAGUGCUGGAGGGCGAGCAGUUGGGGUCCUAUUUUGGCUCUGAGCUGUGCCCUGUGGAUGUUGACAUGGAUGGCAUCACAGACUUGCUGCUGGUGGCGGCCCCGUUUUACCACAUUCAAGGAGAGGAGGGCAGAGUCUACAUGUACCGUGUGAACAAGCAGGAUGGCUCCUUCUCCUUGGCACGCAUGCUGAGUGGGCACCCCAGGCUAACUUAUGCCCGAUUUGGCUUUGCCAUGGCAACAGUGGGGGAUAUCAGUCAGGAUGAGCUCACAGACGUGGCCAUUGGGGCCCCCUUGGAGGACUUUGAGGAAGACAAUGGUGCAGGCUUCGGCAGUGUGUACAUCUACAAUGGACGCUCUACCAACCAGCUGGCUGACCUCUCUGCCAACCAGCCACAGAGGAUCAGAGCCUCGGCGGUGGCCCCAGGACUCCAGUACUUCGGCACCUCGGUGGCCGGUGGCUUAGAUUUCAAUGGCGAUGGCCUUGCUGACAUCACCGUGGGUGCGCUGGGCCGGGCGGCUGUACUCCGCUCAAGACCUGUGGUUCAUCUGAAGGUGUCCAUGAACUUCACUCCCAAGGCACUGCCCAUUGGCUUCAGCAGCAGUGUGAAUGUGUGUUUGUGUUUUGAAAUCAACUCUGCAACCCUAGCUGCUGAAUCAGGCCUUGGUGAGACCUCUCUGAACUUCACGUUGGACGUGGAUGUGGUGAAGCAGAGGAAACGGCUGCAGCAUUCAGAUAAGAGGAUGGAUCAGAGCUCCCUUAGGGAGUGGGGCAGGGGGCCCCGUCUCUGUGAGUCCUUCUUGCUCAUCCCUACAGAUGGACAUCUGUGUCAGGAGGACUGCUUCUCCAACAUCACUGUCAAGGUCAGCUACCACCUCCAGUCCCCUGAGGGCCGGAUGGACCAACCCCAACCAAUCCUGGACUUCUAUGCUGAGCCCUCCGCCAUCUUCCAGCUGCCCUAUGAGAAGAACUGCAAGAAUAAGCUGUUUUGUGUCGCGGAGUUACAGUUGGCCACCACCAUCUCUCAGCAGGAAUUGGUGGUGGGUCUCACAAAGGAGCUGACCAUGAACAUUAGCCUGACUAACUCUGGGGAAGAUUCCUACAUGACGAGCGUGGCUUUGAAUUUCCCCAGAAACCUGCAGUUUAAGAGGAUACAGAAGCCUCCUUCUCCAGACAUUCAGUGUGGUGACCCUAAGCCGACUGCUUCUGUCCUGGUCAUGAAGUGCAAGAUUGGUCACCCCAUCCUCAAGAGGUCAUCGGCAAACUUUUCGUUAGUUUGGCAGCUGGAGGAGAGUGCCUUUCCAAACAGGACAGCCAACAUCACUGUGAUGGUCACCAAUUCCAAUGAAAGAAGGUCUUUGGUCAAUAAAACUCACAGCCUUCAAAUCAAACAUGCCUUCAUUGCAGUUCUUCCCAAACCCUCAGUGAUGUACAUGAACACAAGCCAGGGGUCUUCCCACCACAAAGAGUUCCUCUUCAACAUACAUGGGGAGAACCUCUUUGGAGCUGAGUUCCAGUUGCAAAUUUGUGUUCCAGUUAAAUUACAAGGUUUCCAGUUCCUAACAGUGACGAACCUGACCAAGACUCAGGCCCACACCGUGUGCACUCAGGCUCACGAGCAAGUUUGUGGGAGCGAUCUGGCUCAGCUUGUGGAAGAAUGGCAUUCAGUGAGCUGUAAGGUCACCUCGGAUAAAGAAAAUGUAACCGUGGCUGCAGAGCUCUCCUUGAAUCAGCCAAAGCAGUUACUAAGAGAUGUGACUGAGCUGCAGAUCCUUGGUGAAAUAUCUUUCAACAAGUCUCUGUAUGAGGGGCUCAACACAGAGAAGCACAGAACUAAGAUCACUGUCAUCCUCCUGAAAGAUGAGGAGGCGUAUUCUCUCUCUCUUAUCAUUAAAAGCAGUGUCGGGGGCCUUCUGGUUUUGAUCGUGAUUAUAGUCAUCCUAGUCAAGUGUGGCUUUUUUAAAAGAAAAUACAGAGAGCUGAACUUGGAGAGCAUAAGAAAGGACCAGCUAAAAUCACAGAGUCUGCUGGAAGAAGAUAAUUAGGAGCAGCUUCCUUAUCAUCCAGAGAGAGUAUCAGCCAGUGCUGAAGCUUCUAGAGACCUUCCUUUUAGGUCGUACAGAAGACCUUUCCUUUAGGAUGACCAAGUGCGGAAUCUAACAAGUUGUCUGUGGAGUGUUUUUAACCAUACCUUGUCCCCAAAGUGCCUGUGCAUUGUGCAGAAAAGAAACCUGGGAAACAUUUGGUGGUAAAUAAAGGUAAAGUAUUUUCUUUACAGAAGUGCCUUUAAUAUGAAAAUAUGAUAUACUUUGUGAUCCCCCCCCGCCCUGCCCCAGAGGAGGUUAUACAGCAUCUCCCAGGCUUACUUGCCUAAGAGCACUUUUUUCAUGCCAUUUCUAUUAACAUCUUCCAAAAUAGUCUUCCAUGAAGUACAUCUUUGUCGGGGACAGUGGUUGGAAGCAGUUCCUAGUCUGGCAUUUUUAUGAUCGAAGGAUGCAGUCUGUUAUUUCAAAUCAGGCCACGAAAAAGCACCCCCCAGAACAAAAGUAAAAAGUAGAAAAACAGGGGUUACCAAAACAGGAACAAGGAGGGAGAGGAGACCAGGACUUUGUUCUGUAGUGUCUGCUUAACCUCCUGUGCGGGUCCUCGCCUGGCUUCCUGCUGAGUGACUUGCUCAGGGACCUUCGUGUCUCAAUGAGAGCCAUGCUUGUCCACAGGGGGAGGUGGAACCUGGCCUGGGAGUUGGGGACACUGAGAUUAGGGCCUCAUUACGGGCUGACUUUGCUCUUAGUAUCCUUAUUUUAUCUACAUGCCCCAUGCUGUUAAAACUUGACUGCAUCUCUCCACUCUCAACCGUGCAGUGGCACAGUCUUUGCUUUCAUGGGCGAUAAAUACCAUUGCAAACAAGCGAAGCAGGAGUAUAUAAUGUAGAAGGCAAUCCUGCAAUCCCUCUGUGUUCUUUAUCUAAUUCAAGUGCUUUCAUUAUUUCUGUUUGUCUUUGGCUGAGCUGUGAGGCUUAUGGGAUUGCAGUUCUGCAACCAGGGAUUGAAUCCUCACAGUGAAAGGGCUGAGUCCUAAACGCUGGGCCGCCGGGGAAGUCCCUGGACUCUGUUUCUUCAUAGCUUUUCCACUGACUUCAAAGUCUUCUGCACAUAAUGGUAAUUUGGAGUCUUUCUGAUAUUUAUACUUUUUCCCAUCAUUAUUUUUCUAACUAGGACUUAUGGGGGUCUAAGAACUUACCUCUGUACCUGACUUAAAAAAAUUUUUUUUUGGCUGUGCUGAAUCUUUGUUGCUGCCUGUGGGCUUUCUCUAGUUGCAGCUAGCGGGGACUGCUCUCUAGUUGAGUGCACAUGCUUCUUACUGCUUUGGCUUCUCUUGUUGCAGGGCACAGGCCUUAGGGCACGCAGGCUUCAGUAGUUGCAGCUCAUGGGCUGUAGAGCAGGGGCUCAGUAGUUGUGGCACAUGGGUUUAGUUACCUCAGCAUGUGGAAUCUUUCUGGACCAGGAAUUGAACCCAGUGUCUUUUGCAUAAGAAGAUGGAUUCUUAACCACUGAAGUCCUGACAUAACUUUUAUAUGUACUGGGAAACCAAAAAUCUGUAUGACUCAUUUUAUUGUGAUAUGUGCUUUUUCAUGGUGUCUGGAACCAAACUUGCACUGUCUCUGAGGUAUGCCUUUGAAGGAAAAGAAGUAAAUUUGCUUAGAUAUUUCCCUGUUGUGUGUCCAGGUUUUCAUUAUUACAGGUGACUUGCAGUUUCUGCUUUUAUGCUUGUUCAUUGCAAAUAAGAAUGCACUGUGAUUAUAACAGUCAAGUCUUACAUUAACUGCCUAU